CAGCUUUCCUCCUUUAUCAUCAACAGUCACAACGGUACACCACCGUUACUUUCAUAUAAUUUCGCGGUCACAUCAUACUACGCGCUGGUACCUCAACGCGUAGAGGAGAAGUGUAAAAUAAACAUAUGGCGUCCCCUUCUACCACUGAAACGUCUCCUUUAUUGAUCCCUCAAACUCUUGGAAAACAUCCACGUGACGGAGACUAUCCUGAUCAUCCCGGCCAGGCUUUGAAAAGGGUCAAAGCAGCGAAUUCCCGCCAACGAAGGAAACGUGAACGAGAUGAGAUUGCUGAUGGUGGGAUGGGUUGUGAUAUAGCAAAUGAACAUGAUAUGUUUCCACAGUCGGAGCAGCAGUGGUUUCAAGAGGCCGAUGGACAGAUAUCAGCCGAUUUCAUUCUCCCUCUUUCAGAAUUACAGCAACCACAACGACCACGCAACUCUCGUGGUCAUGUCGACCCAGAUAAUCUCUCACCGGGUGGAGCAGUUAGAAGAGAGCGUGUACGUGCCGCGGCCAGAGAAAGGCAAAGAAAACAUCGUGCAUUGGUUAAGGAAAGGAAGAUGAAGGCUCUCGGAUUCGAUGGGGUUGGGAGUGAAGUUGUGCAAAAUCCAGCAGCUCAAGCCGGCGUUUCAGACUAUCAUCAACAGCAGACGCCUCAAUCGCAACAGUACCAGCAACUAUUGCAAGGAUCUGGGCCUCCGCAGCCUCAUAAUGAUUCUGCGAUAUUAUAUCCCCCUCCGGUGCCCCAAAUCGUAGAGUCAUCCGCACCGGGUACCACCGGCGGCGAGGUGUUUGCUACAACAUUGCUACUGUCAUUUUCGUGUGCGCCGUUGUUGAAGCAGCACCUAUUGGACAGUUUGCAGAUGACGAAUGAGGAGCUGGCCUCGUUGGAACCUUUGAUUGCGGAUGCUUGGGAACAGUGGAACGCAAAGCGUCAAGAGCGUUUUGAUCCCAACCAGCCACAAUCCAACGGUUCUGGAUCAUCUUCGUCUACUCCGAAUGCUCAUCCUGCUGCCAUCACAAACGAUUUUCGAACCAGAUUUCAACGUUCUGUUGCUACUCCUAUACCAUUUCAAAUGACUACUGGUGCCUCCCCUUGCUCGGAUACUUUGGACCGUAGUGUAUCUGAAGCCAGUACCUCGGAUUGAUGACCUUCCCCACCCCUUUCUUCUACGACCCAUCCCAUGGCCUUCAUUCCAGCCAUGAUUUCGUGGUGUUCAUCCGCUAAAUAUCCUUCCGUAUUGUAUUGUAUACAUGACUGUAGAAUCCACAAUGAUUCGACAUUGACUGGAUGGGUUACUUGGGUACAGCGUAAUCGCGCAACUUGCCAU